AUGAUAGUUAGCUCAUGGAAUAUUAGAGGGCUGAAUAAGCCCUUCAAGCAGAUAGAACUCAAGGCGUUUCUGUUUGAGCAUAAAAUAGCUUUACUAGGCUGCCUUGAGACAAAGAUAAAGCCUAGGAGUGUGACUAAAGUAAAAGAAAAGUUUAAUAGAGAAUGGAAGGUGUAUUCUGAUGAAGCAAUAAAUGAAAGGAGAAGGAUCUGGAUUUUGUGGAAAGAACAACUGGUGCAAGUCAAUAUAACCUUAGCAAGUGAUCAAUUAGUCCAUUGCAAAGUAAGGGAUAAAAGUACACAUAAUACGUUUGAAAUUACUUUUGUAUAUGGGAAGAACACUGUUACAGAAAGAAGGAACUUAUGGGAUCAGUUAAGGAAAAUUCGGAGUAAUAUUCAAGAGGCAUGGUUGCUAAUAGGAGAUUUUAAUAGUAUGUUGUUUGUUGAUGAUAGAAUUAAUGGACAACCAGUACAACAAGCAGAAUUGGUGGACGUUCAGAGAUGUGUUGAUGAUAUUGGGGUGGGACAGCUAAAUAGAAAAGGAAGCAAAUGGUCUUGGUGUAAUAAGAGGGAUGUAAAUGACAGAAUCUAUAGUAAUAUAGACUGGGCCUUUGGUAAUGCUGCUUGGCUGACAAAGUAUAGUAGUGUAGAAGCUAUAUUUGAAACCCCAGGUGUUUCGGAUCAUUCUCCUAUUGUCAUUAACGCAAUGGUAGUCAAGUCCUAUAUGCCUAAACCGUUUAGAUUAUACAAUGUGUUAUUGCAUAAUAAGGAGUUUGAACAAGCUGUUGAAGAAGCAUGGGGGCAACAUAUAGAAGGAUACAAAAUGUAUUCUGUAUGGAUGAAAUUGAGGAGAUUAAAAGAUAAAGUGCUGAAGCUGAAUAAGGAGAUGUCAUCAUUAGAAAAGAAGUUGGAUAGCCUAAGACAACAACUUAAGAUCACUCAGGAGAAGCUUGACAAAGAUCCAUUGAAUGAUGUGUUAAUUACAGAAGAAAGGAAAUUGAUAAGCCAGAAAAUAAAAUGGGAAGAAGUGAAUGAGAAGGAAUUGGUCAGACCAACAACAUAUCAAGAUAUAGAGCUGGCAGUUAAAGAGUUACCUAAUGAUAAAGCUCUAGGAGUGGAUGGCUUCCCUGUAGAUUUCUUCAAAAUAUACUGGAAACUUGUUGGAAGUGAAGUUAAACAAGCCAUUAAAGAUUUCUUUGAUAAUGGGAAACUGUUGAAAAGUAUAAACUGUACAACAGUAACUCUAGUGCCCAAAGUGAAUGGCCCUACAUAUGUAAAGGAGUUUAGACCAAUAGCAUGUUGCUCCAUAGUCUAUAAGAUAAUUGCAAAAAUUUUGACAGUAAAGCUGAAGACAGUGGUUGAUUAUAUUGUUGGAGCAGAUAAGAUAUCAAUUAGAUUACUCAUGAGCAGAUUCCAACACUUUUCAGAAGUAUCAGGAUUGAAAGCAAAUAUGGAAAAAAGUGCCUUAUACAUUCCAGGAGUUUCAAAAGAAUUUAAAGAAGAGAUGAUGACAGAGAUGAAGUUUGGUGCAGGGAAGGUGCCAUUCAAAUACCUUGGAGUUCCAUUGUCAGCAAAGAAGUUAUCUAUACAGCAGUGUAUGCCGUUAGUAGAAAAGAUUACUGCUCGACUCAAAUGCUGGUCAACUAAAUUUCUUUCUUACAGUGGUCGAAUUUUCUUACUUCCAACGAAGAUAUCUAAGCUGAUAGUAAAUGCUUGUCGAACAUUUCUAUGGACUGGGAACAUUGAAACCUCAAGAAGAGCACUGGUAGCAUGGGAUAAAGUUUGUAUGCCAUACUCAGCAGGAGGAUUGAAUAUAAUUGACAUAGUGAAUUUGAAUAAAGCUGCUCUUUGUAAGCUUCUUUGGGCAAUUAAUGAACAGAAGGACAAUCUCUAG